AGCAGGAGCUAGAGUGACAGGAAAGCAAGAGGACUUUCUCUUCUGGUAUCGCUCCGCCCUCUGCCGUGAUGAUGAAAAGGAUCUCACGCCUCUUACUCUUCGGGUCUAUUGCGCUAGCGCUCAGUCAAGCGGCAAACCCUUGCUGCUCAAACCCAUGUCAAAACCGAGGCAUAUGUAUGACCACAGGAAUUGACCGAUACCAAUGUGACUGUACCAGGACAGGAUUUUAUGGAGAAAAUUGUACAACUCCUGAGUUUCUGACAAAGCUAAAAUUGAUGCUGAAACCCACUCCAGACACAGUUCACUACAUCCUCACCCACUUCAAGGGAGUGUGGAAUAUAAUUAACAAUAUCCCCUUUCUUCGGGACUUCGUGAUGAGAUAUGUGUUGAUAUCAAGAGCACAUUUGAUUGAAAGUCCACCAACAUAUAAUGCUCACUAUGGUUACAAAAGUUGGGAAGCUUUUUCUAACCUCUCAUACUACACUAGAGCUCUUCCCCCAGUGGGAGAUGACUGCCCAACUCCAUUGGGUGUAAAAGGUAAAAAGCAGCUUCCAACAUCCAAAGAGAUUGUGGAAAAAUUUCUUCUGAGAAGGAAGUUUAUUCCUGAUCCCCAAGGCACAAAUAUGAUGUUUGCAUUCUUCGCUCAACAUUUCACUCACCAGUUCUUUAAGACAGACCAUCACAGAGGCCCAGAAUUCACUAAAGGUCUAGGACAUGGGGUUGAUUUAAAUAAUGUUUAUGGAGAAACUCUGGAUAGACAACAUAAGCUGCGACUUUUCAAGGAUGGAAAAUUGAAAUACCAGGUAAUUGAUGGAGAAGUAUAUCCUCCCUUAGUGAAAGAUACUGAGGUAGAAAUGAUCUACCCACCUCAUAUCCCUGAACAUCUGAAAUUUGCUGUUGGACAAGAAGUAUUUGGCUUAGUUCCAGGUUUGAUGAUGUACGCUACAAUAUAUCUUCGGGAACAUAACCGUGUGUGUGACAUCCUUAAACAAGAACAUCCUGAAUGGGAUGAUGAGCAGUUGUUCCAAACUAGCAGACUGAUAUUGAUAGGUGAGACCAUUAAGAUCGUGAUUGAAGAUUAUGUCCAACACUUGAGUGGUUACCACUUCAAACUGAAAUUUGAUCCAGAACUGCUGUUCAACCAGCAAUUUCAGUACCAAAACCGAAUUGCUGCUGAGUUUAACACCCUUUACCAUUGGCACCCUCUGCUCCCUGACACUUUCCAAAUCAAGGACCAAGAAUAUAAUUUUCAGCAGUUCCUCUAUAACAACUCUAUAUUACUGAAACAUGGAGUUUCUGAAAUGGUGGAAUCAUUCUCCAAGCAAAUUGCUGGCCGGGUUGCUGGUGGCAAGAACGUUCCAUCUGCAGUACAGAAAGUUUCCAUUGCUUCCAUUGACCAGAGUAGACAAAUGAAAUACCAGCCUCUAAAUGAAUACCGAAAGCGCUUCAUGCUGAAACCUUUUAGUUCAUUUGAAGAACUGACAGGAGAGAAAGAAAUGGCUGCUGAGCUGGAAGCUGUCUAUGGUGAUAUCGAUGCUAUGGAGUUAUAUCCUGCUCUUCUGGUGGAAAAACCUCGUCCGGGCGCCAUCUUUGGAGAGACCCUGGUAGAACUUGGAGCGCCCUUCUCCCUCAAAGGACUCAUGGGUAACCCAAUCUGCUCCCCUGAGUACUGGAAGCCUAGCACUUUUGGUGGAAAUGUAGGUUUUGAAAUUAUCAAAACAGCCUCUAUCCAGUCACUUAUCUGCAAUAAUGUGAAGGGAUGUCCCUUCACUGCAUUCAGUGUUCAAGACUCCCAACCCACCAAAACAGCCACUAUCAAUGCCAGCUCAUCAAACUCUGGACUAGAUGACAUCAACCCCACAGUGCUGCUAAAAGAACGUUCAACUGAACUGUAAACAUCUAUAGGAUUUAUUUAUUUAUUUAUGUAAACUAUUUCUUUAAGUUAUCUAUUUAUGAAUCUUUACAUGAAGCUCCAAAUGUUACUUGAUAUCUUCUGUAACAGAAGGUAGUGAGUACUCCUGUUGUGGAGAAAUUAUUCACAUAAGUGGGGAUUUUGAUUUAUUGUUUUAAAGACAAUUGUUUCCUUCUUGAAUUUGAGAAGGAAAAUCUUUUUUGGGUUCCUCUUGAUAAAUCAGAUUGUGUUAAAACAAGAAAAACUGUAAAGUAUUUAUUAGAUCUUUGUUAUCACUAUUAUUAAUAUUGCAAAGCUCUGUGAGUCACUACACUACCUUUUAAAGAUGAUCUAUAGGGGGCAGCUGGGUGACUCAGUGGAUUGAGAGUCAGGUCUAGAGAUGGGGAGGUCCUAGGUUCAAAUCUGGCCUCAGAUACUUCUAGCUGUGUGGUCCUGGGCAAGUCACUUGACCCCCAUUGCCUAGCCCUUACCACUCUUCUGCCUUGGAACCAAUACACAGUAUUGACUCCAAGACGGAAAGUAAGGGUUUGUUUUUUUUUAAUUAAAUUUAAAAAAUAAAGAUGAUAUAGAGGUGGCACUUAACUCUUCAAAAUUCAAAGUGCUCACCUAACAUGUUUUCAGAUUCCAAAUUUUCAUCACCUGGAAACACUACAAAAUAUAAUGAACCAAAAAUAUUAAAGCAACACCAAACAUCCAAAUCAAAGGCUUAUAGAACUAGAGCUGGAAGGAACCUCAGGACUCCUCUAGUCCAGUUCCCUCAUCUAGUAGAGAAGGAAACUGAGAUCCAGAGAGAUUAAAUGACAUGCCUCAGGUCAUUCACACACAGAGUAGUAGAGGCAAAAUUCGAAAUUAGAUCCUGGGGGGGAAAGGGGGGGGGGAGCAGAUAAGUUGUUCAGUGGAUUGAGAGCCAGGCCGAGAGAUGGUGGGUUCUAGGUUCAAAUCUGGCCUCAGACACUUCCUAGCUGUGUGACCCUGGGCAAGUCACUUGACCCCCAUUGCCUAGCCCUUACCACUCUUCUGCCUUGGAACCAACAUACAGUAUAGAUUCUAAGACAGAAGGUAAGGGUUUAAAAAAAGAAAGAAAGAAAUUAGAUCCCGUAACUCCAAGGUCAGCUCAUUUUCUACUGCACCAUGUCAAAAACUAUCAUUUUAGACUGACAGACAACUGAAUUGGAAACCUUUGAAGUUUUCUGGCUAAUGGACAUUUCCUCAUGGAGUGAGUCAGUUUACAAUCUCAGGUAUUCCAAGAUUUGAAGGUGCAGAUGAAAUUUUGAGUUUUUUUUUUCACUACCUUUUGCUGCCAUUAGUCACUUGAAUCUAUUUGAAACUGUGGCAGUAGCUUCCUCUGGAAAUAUCAAAAUUCCAAGGCCAAUAAGGGAAUUAGCUGCAAAGUUAUUGAAAGAACAAUUUGCCUUAAAAUAUCACCUUAUAUCUAAAAUUCAUUUUGAUAUUACUUUACCAGCAAUAUGCAGAAUACUUUUAUUAUAGUUCAUUAUAUGUAUAUAUAACACUUAUUUUUGUUAUGUUUAUUAUGGUAUAUUAUAGUCCCUGCAGGACGGGGACAUUAUUUCUUCAAAGUGUUGGGUAUAAUAUGUAGCACAAUGUCAUGUGCUUAAGACUGGUCCAUAGAUAAUUUCUCAAGCUUGAUCUGUUACAAAACUGGAUUUGGGCAAAAAACUGAGAAUGUUCUUAUAUUUUUUACAAAAACUUUGUUUUCUCAAAUUGUCACUUAGUAUAAGCAGUCAUUAUUACACCUGGUGUUGGGAGAUUUGGGUUCAAAUCUUCCUAGCUGCAUAACCCUGAGCAAGUCACUUAAUUCCAAUUUUCUAGUACAUACUGCUCUUUUGACCUAGAAUAGAUACUGAUUCUAACAUAGAAGGUAAGGGUUUGUUUUUUUUUUUAAAGAGCAUAUUUGAUAUUUACAAAUUCAUCUCAUCCUCUUAAAUGCUUUUUUUGACCUACAUAAUCAGGUGGUCUCAGUUUGGACACUCUUUGAUGCCCUCCCGUCUGCCAUCUUGAUUGCUUGUUCAUUCAGUUUUUCAUUGAACAAACACUUGAGUGUCUUCUAUUUGCAAGGAAUAGUGCUUGUGUAAUCGAUCUUCCUGUUACCAUAUUGCUGAAGUAAGCUUUCCUCUUUGUGUCUUCCUCAUCUAGUUUUGCAUUCCCAGGGUCUUGUUUGGUCUACUUGGUCUCUUUUUUUCCUUCCUUAUAUUUUAUCUUUAGGACUUUACUUGAGUAAAGUCAAAAUAAUCCCCAAGGAAGGACUUUCUAAGCUUAGCUUGGGGGUGAGAUGGGACCAGAGCUGGAGCCAAGGUGGGCGAAGAUUUUUUAAAAAAUGAAAUGCUCUGUCUAUACUAUGAGGGCACAGAGUUGCAUUCAUACCAAACCUUCACCACCAAUUCCAAUAAUAACUGGGAAGAGACCAAUAAAUCAAAGGAAGAAGAGAAGAUCCAAGUAACCAAGUCUGAAUGUAUUUUUAUAUAAAGAAGUCCUCCAUGCUUUUCCAGUGAAAUGAGAGGUCUCUUUCUUCCACUAGUGGAUAACUACUGUAUUUUGGGUGGUACAUUGGAUAGAGUGUCUGAUUUAGAGUCAGCAAGACUCUAUUCAAAUCCUGCCUCAGACAUUUACUAUCAUGUGACUGUGGGCAAGUCACUUAACCUUGUUUGCCUCAGUUUCCUCAUCUGUAAAAUGAGCUGAAGAAGGACGUGGCAAACUACUCUACUAUCUUUGCCAAGAAAAUCCCAGAUGGAGCCUUGAAAUGUUACAGGAUACAACUGAAAUGACUGAACAACAACAGUACUGUAUUUUAUUUAUAGAAUGCUAUCAUUUGUUUUGGUUAGAAGUUAUUUUCUCUUUUAAAAAGUUAUGGAUAUAAAAAAUUGCUUUUUUAAUAAAAUGCAUUAUUGGGUAUGAUUUUUUAAAUUGCAUUUAAAAUUUUAAAUUAUAUUCCUAAGUGUGAUUUUGAAUUCUGAUUUAAUUUUUUUGGCCCAGAAUUUUUUUUGAGAAUGCAUAUGAAAUUAUAAUGUAAAGCAUUGGAAAAUAUGAUUCUAUAUAUAUAUUUAUUUAGGAAACCACUUAUUAUGUAAAUGAGGUAUACUUUUAUUAGGGUAGUAAAUAUUGGGGUAUAAGUACAUGAACUUUUCUCAUGUCUCUGCCUAAAGGAACUGAAACAAUAGCAGACCUCAUUCUACCCUGAGCAUGAUGAAAUCUACAAACUCAAAAUUUUUAGCUUAUCGUUUAAUCAUCAUGAGAGCAAGAUCUUUACCUUCUUUGGUUGAUACUACCAUGUAUACUUGUGAACAUUUAGUGCUAAUUGUUCUGGCAAGAGCUAGAUUAUGAUUGUAAUAAUUUAGAAAACAAGUUGUCUUUCAUGUCUUUGGGGAUGGUAAAGUAAGGGACAACUCAGGGGUUUUAUAAAGGUUUAAGUUUUUGUUUGUUUUUUGAAUAGAUAUAGGUGAAUUUAGGAGUGCCAGUAACAUUACCUGUAGAAUUGCCUUUUUAAAGAAACUUGAUUGUUAACUUUAUUUUUUAAUACAAGACUGCUGACUUCAGAUGGGUCUUUGGGGAUUAUAUGUAUCGAUUGUUUCUGUGAUUUAAAUGUAUAUUUAAAUUAACUUAUUUUUUAAAAUUAUGUUUGAAAUAAGGGUCUCUAUUUUUAUAUUAUUUAAAAAUUUUUGAAUGAAUUUCAUGAAUAAACUUCCAUGUGUUUAAUAAACAAAA